GUUGACUUUCUCAAGUCUUCUGUCGCAGCGAAAGAAGGCUAACACCAUGGCAGGAUUAAGGUGACAGUGCCUGCUGGAACCACAGCCAUCCCACUGCCCCCCUGUGGGGUUGUGCCAAGAGCAGGAUAGCAUGGAGGAGAGGAAGCAGGAGACAACGAACCAAGCUCAUGUCCUCUUUGACCGGUUUGUCCAGGCCACUACCUGCAAAGGAACCCUCAGGGCCUUCCAAGAGCUCUGUGACCACCUGGAACUGAAGCCUAAGGACUACCGCUCCUUCUACCACAAGCUCAAGUCCAAGCUCAACUACUGGAAGGCCAAAGCCCUCUGGGCCAAAUUAGACAAGCGGGGCAGUCACAAAGACUACAAAAAGGGAAAAGCAUGUACCAACACGAAGUGUCUCAUCAUUGGAGCUGGCCCCUGUGGUCUCCGCACGGCCAUUGACUUGUCCUUAUUGGGAGCCAAGGUAGUCGUCAUUGAGAAGCGAGAUGCCUUCUCCCGAAACAAUGUCUUGCAUCUCUGGCCCUUCACCAUACAUGAUCUUCGAGGUCUGGGUGCCAAGAAAUUCUACGGCAAGUUCUGUGCUGGAGCCAUCGACCACAUCAGUAUCCGUCAGCUCCAGCUAAUCCUCUUGAAAGUGGCCUUGAUCUUAGGAAUCGAAAUCCAUGUCAAUGUGGAAUUCCAAGGACUUGUUCAGCCUCCUGAGGACCAAGAGAAUGAACGGAUAGGAUGGCGAGCAUUGGUGCACCCCAAAACUCAUCCUGUAUCAGAAUAUGAAUUUGAAGUGAUCAUCGGUGGGGAUGGGCGUAGAAACACCCUGGAAGGAUUUCGUCGGAAAGAAUUUCGUGGCAAGCUAGCCAUUGCCAUUACAGCAAAUUUUAUUAACCGAAAUACAACUGCAGAGGCCAAAGUAGAGGAGAUCAGUGGUGUGGCUUUUAUAUUCAACCAGAAAUUUUUCCAGGAGCUAAGAGAAGCCACAGGUAUUGACUUAGAGAACAUCGUCUACUACAAAGAUGACACACACUACUUUGUGAUGACGGCCAAAAAGCAGAGCUUACUGGACAAAGGGGUGAUACUGCAUGACUACACAGACACAGAGCUGUUACUUUCCCGGGAGAAUGUGGACCAAGAAGCCCUGCUGAACUAUGCCCGGGAGGCUGCAGACUUCUCUACCCAGCAGCAACUGCCGUCUCUGGAUUUUGCCAUCAAUCACUAUGGGCAGCCUGAUGUGGCCAUGUUUGACUUUACCUGUAUGUACGCCUCUGAAAAUGCUGCUUUGGUACGGGAACAGAAUGGACACCAGUUACUAGUAGCUCUGGUUGGGGACAGCCUCUUGGAGCCUUUCUGGCCAAUGGGAACAGGAAUAGCCCGGGGCUUUCUGGCUGCUAUGGACUCCGCCUGGAUGGUACGAAGCUGGUCUCUGGGCACCAGCCCCUUGGAAGUCCUGGCAGAGAGGGAAAGCAUUUAUAGGCUGCUGCCUCAGACUACCCCUGAGAAUGUGAGCAAAAACUUCAGCCAAUAUAGCAUUGACCCUGUCACUAGGUACCCCAAUAUUAACAUCAACUUCCUCCGGCCGAGCCAGGUGCGCCAUUUAUAUGAUAGCGGAGACACAAAAGAUAUUCAUCUGGAAAUGGAGAACCUGGUGAAUUCCCGAACCACUCCCAAGCUGACUCGCAAUGAGUCUGUAGCUCGUUCAAGCAAACUUCUGGGAUGGUGCCAAAGGCAGACAGAUGGCUAUGCAGGGGUAAAUGUGACAGAUCUCACUAUGUCUUGGAAAAGCGGCCUGGCCCUGUGUGCAAUCAUCCACAGAUACCGCCCUGAUCUAAUAGACUUUGACUCUUUGGAUGAGCAGAAUGUGGAGAAGAAUAACCAGCUAGCCUUUGACAUUGCUGAGAAGGAGCUGGGCAUCUCUCCCAUCAUGACAGGCAAGGAGAUGGCAUCAGUGGCGGAGCCCGACAAGCUGUCCAUGGUGAUGUACCUCACCCAGUUCUACGAGAUGUUCAAGGACUCACUCUCUUCCAGCGACACCUUGGACCUGAAUGCAGAGGAGAAAGCCAUCCUGAUAGCCAGUACCAAAUCCCCCAUCUCCUUCCUGAGCAAGCUUGGACAGACCAUCUCUCGGAAGCGUUCUCCCAAGGAUAAAAAGGAAAAGGAUUCAGAUGGGGCUGGAAAGAGGAGAAAAACCAGUCAGUCAGAGGAGGAGGAGCCCCCCCGGAGCUACCGAGGAGAAAGACCCACCCUGGUGAGCACCCUGACAGACAGGCGGAUGGAUGCUGCCAUCGGGAAUCAGAACAAAGUAAAGUAUAUGGCAACCCAGCUGCUGGCAAAGUUUGAGGAGAAUGCGCCUGCACAGUCCACUGGCGUGAGGAGACAGCCGACACAAGAGCGUGGGGUCAGCCAGCCGUCCUGCUGCCCGCCUGAGCAGGGUCGCCCUGCUCCCAUCCCCCAGUGGAAACAGGGCUCGAUAAAGAAAGAGUUCCCACAGAACUUGGGGGGCAGCGACACUUGCUAUUUCUGCCAAAAGCGGGUCUACGUGAUGGAGAGGCUGAGUGCCGAGGGCAAGUUCUUCCAUCGAAGCUGCUUCAAAUGCGAGUACUGUGCCACCACGCUGCGCCUCUCUGCGUACGCCUAUGACAUAGAGGACGGCAAAUUCUACUGUAAGCCGCACUACUGUUACCGACUAUCUGGCUACGCGCAAAGGAAGAGGCCAGCAGUGGCUCCUCUAUCUGGAAAGGAAACCAAAGGACCCCUGCAGGAUGGCUCCACUGGAGAUGCAAACGGACUGGCCAGCGUUGCCACAGGCUCAGCCGAGAGAACUCCAGGUUCCAGCAUGAAUGGCCUGGAAGAGCCCAGCAUCGCCAAGAGGCUGCGGGGCACCCCUGAGAGGAUCGAGCUGGAGAACUACCGCCGAUCUGUGAGGCAGGUCGAGGAGCUGGAGGAGGUGCCUGAGGAGACACAGGCCGAGCAUAACCUGAGCAGCGUGUUAGACAAGGGCACCGAAGAGGAUGUGGCCAGCAGCAGUUCCGAGUCGGAGAUGGAGGAGGAAGAGGAGGAUGACGACGACGAGGAUCAGCUCCCCACCUCUGACCUGGGCGGGGUUCCCUGGAAGGAGGCAGUAAGAAUCCAUGCCCUCCUGAAGGGAAGGAGUGAAGAGGAGCUAGAGGCCUCCAAGAACUUGGAGCCUGAGGAAGAGGAGGAGGAAUAUGAAGAGGAAGAGGAGGAGGAGGAGGAAGAGUAUGAUGAAGAGGAAGAGGAGUCCAGUGAAGUGACCGGCCUUCCCUCCGUACGCCGCGCAGCAGUGCAGGCCUGGCUGGAGACUGUCUCCGGAGCGCCUUUGGACGAGAAUGACCUAGAAGAGGACGCAGACUCGGAGCCAGCAGAGACUGAAGGAGAAGCGGCAGAGGAUGGGGACCCUGGGGACACUGGUGCUGAGCUAGAUGAUCAGCACUGGUCCGAUGACAUCCCUUCGGACGCCGAAACGGAACUUCGCUUGCAGUGCCAGGCCAAGGUGAAAGCUGAGCUGGAGCUGAGAGUGUCAGAAAGUGAGGAAGAGAAGCCGCCUGAUACACCAAAGCAAGAGGAGAGAGGUCCUUCCCAAGUCUCCAGUCCCAGCCAGCUACCUCAGAAACAAGAUGUUCUCUUGUCUCCAGCCCACAGCCCUGGGGCAGAGGGGACCCAGGCCCCACUUGCCUCUGUUGCCACCAAGGCAAAGUCUCCUGAGGAGCCCCUCUUCCCUGCACCUCUGCUGCCCAGAGAAAAGCCCAAAGCUGAAGCCCCCACAGAUCAGAAAACUGCACGCUCACCCAUCCGCUCACCCAUCCGAUCACAGCCUAUGGCCCUGCCAGAAGCCAGGACACCUACCUCACCUGCCAGCUUACAGCCAGAGUCUCUGGUGGCCCCUCCCACACCGCCCUCCACCCAGCUGCCCAUCUGUUCCCAACCUCAGCCUUCCUCAGAUGCUUCUAUACCAUCACCCACUGAGUCUCCCAUACGCUUCCAGCCAGUUCCAGCCAAAACUUCCACACCCCUGACCCCACUCCCAGUGAAGAGCCAAGGAGACCCCAAAGACAGGCUGAGUGGCCCUCUGGCUGUGGAGGAGGCCCUGAAGCGGAGUGAUCUGGUGGAGGAGUUCUGGAUGAAGAGCGCUGAGAUCCGCCGUAGCCUGGGCCUCACGCCUGUGGACCGGAACAAGGGGUCAGAGCCCAGCCUCCCCUCACCUGCCUUUAAGCCAAUAUCCCUAAAGUCCUACUCAGUUGACAAGUCCCCUCAGGAAGAGAGCCUCUGCCUUCUGAAACCUCCAUCUGUUCCUAAAAGGUUGGGCCUGCCAAAGUCAGCUGGUGACCAGCCCCCCCUGCUUACCCCAAAGUCGCCCUCUGACAGGGAACUGAGGAGCAACCAGGAAGAGCGUAGGGACCUCUCCAGCAGCUCAGGCCUGGGCCUCCAUGGCAGCUCCUCCAACAUGAAGACCUUGGGCAGCCAGAGCUUCAACACCUCCGACUCCACCAUGCUCACUCCACCUUCUAGCCCUCCCCCACCCCCACCUCCCAAUGAGGAGCCUGCCACCCUGCGAAGGAAGCCCCAUCAGACUUUGGAGCACAGGGAGGCUUCAGUUGUCCCACCUCCCCCUCCUACCACAUUCAUGCGGCCCCCACGGGAGCCCGCCCAGCCCCCCAGGGAGGAGGUUCGGAAGUCCUUCGUGGAGAGUGUGGAUGAGAUCCCCUUUGCUGACGAUGUGGAGGACACGUACGAUGACAAGACCGAGGACUCAAGUCUGCAGGAGAAGUUCUUCACACCCCCCUCCUGCUGGUCCCGCUCAGAGAAGCUCCUGGCCAAGGAGAAUGGGCGGCUCCCUCCCCUGGAUCGCAACGUGCAACCACAGAAAAGAGGGCUGCCUCUGGUCUCUGCAGAAGCCAAGGAGCUGGCUGAAGAGCGCAUGCGAGCCCGGGAGAAGUCUGUGAAGAGCCAGGCACUUCGAGAUGCCAUGGCCAAACAGCUGAGCAGGAUGCAGGCCAUGGAGAUGGCCUCCUCCAGGUCCCGCCCAGCGCCAUCCCAGAGCAAGGAACUAGGUCCCGAGUCCACCAAGCGCACAGGCCUCCGAGGCUCCCAGGAGCCCACUCUGAAGCAUGAAGCUACUAGCGAGGAGAUCCUUUCCCCUCCAUCAGACUCAGGAGGCCCUGAUGGCUCUGUCACCUCAUCUGAGGGCUCCAGUGGGAAGAGCAAAAAGAGGUCGUCCCUCUUCUCCCCCCGUAGGAACAAGAAAGAGAAGAAAUCCAAAGGGGAAGGCCGAAUCCCAGAGAAACCCAGCCUGGGCCUGCCAGAGGAAGUAGCUGCUAAGCCCAAGUCCCUGUGGAAGUCAGUGUUCUCUGGAUACAAGAAGGACAAAAAGAAAAAGAGUGAUGAGAAGUCCUGCUCCAGUACCCCGUCCAGUGGUGCCACAGUGGACUCGGGCCAGCACAGGGCAUCUCCGAUCGUGAGAACAGAGCUGCAGCUCCGGCGCCAGCUGAGUUUCUCAGAGGACUCAGACCUGUCCAGUGAUGACAUCCUUGAAAGGUCUUCCCAGAAGUCUAAGCGAGAGUCGAUUUAUGUACCACACGCCUUGGCAUUCAGGAGAGCCUAUUCAUCAAAGCCCAGAACCUACACAGAAGAGGAGCUGAGCGCCAAGCUGACACGGAGAGUGCAGAAGGCAGCUCGAAGACAGGCCAAGCAGGAGGAACUGAAGCGGCUGCACCGAGCCCAGAUCAUCCAGCGUCAACUAGAGCAAGUGGAGGAGAAGCAGAGGCAGCUGGAGGAGAGGGGCGUCGCGGUGGAGAAGGCUCUGCGAGGCGAAGCAGACUAUUGGGGAGAGUCUUAUUACAGUGGCCUCAUCGACUUGCACCUGGGCGGCAUGGGCAAAAAGGAUGACCCCAAGCUGAUGCAGGAGUGGUUCAAGCUGGUGCAGGAGAAAAAUGCCAUGGUGCGCUACGAGUCAGAGCUGAUGAUUUUUGCCCGGGAGCUGGAGCUGGAAGACCGCCAGAGCCGGCUGCAGCAGGAGCUGCGGGAACGCAUGGCCGUGGAAGACCACCUGAAGACCGAGGAGGAGCUGUCAGAGGAAAAGAAGAUCCUGAAUGAGAUGCUGGAGGUGGUAGAGCAGAGGGACUCGCUGGUGGCCCUGCUGGAAGAGCAGCGACUCCGGGAGAAAGAGGAGGACAAGGACCUGGAGGCUGCUAUGCUGUGUAAGGGCUUCAGCCUAGACUGGUCCUGAGCCCGACUACCGUGGCAUUUGGUAGAUUGGCACCCACCUGACCCGGCUGCGUUAUCCCAAACCACCGGAUCCAGGUUCAGAAGAAGCCUGGCAUCCCUGGAGAGUGGCACCCAGACACCUGGGCUGUGGGAAAACCCCAGGCGCGUGUCAUCAUCUGAGGUGACUCCACCUCCUAGGAGAGGCCACCUGGACUUCCCACUCAGGAGGGAGGAGAUGGGCCUGCUUGACAUGUGCCCCAGGGGAAACUCCCGCAGGUCCCUGAGGGCAGGUCCCUGGCACCUCUUCCUUCCUUCUGCUGGUGAGAGAGGGAAGUGGCUCCUCUUCAGAGCCACUGCCACCACAGAGAACCUGAAGAGCAGAGCAGCCAUUGUCCUCACGCUCCCUGAAGUACCACCAAAGAAAGCGCAUCUACAGAAAGGCCUGUAGAUGGAGGGGAAUCCAGCAGAGAGCAGCCCCCAUGGGGGUGAUGCCCACCCUCCCAUUGCAGGGGAAGCCAGACAGUAGGCAGGUUCAUUAUGCAAGUUAGGAGGGCAAAGAAGGGCUCUGUCCCCAGCCCCACCACACACUGGAUUCCCAGUGGCCAAGUGCCCCAGGCCUGUCACCUUGGCAGUGGCCUGAGGCCCAUGGAUUGCUGUGUUUUGCUUUUAGUUCACAACCAUUUUGACACUGGAAAGUAUUGACUUUGGGAGAGCUGAGGGAGGCCCUACAUGUCAACCUCCCCUCCCCUCAUUGACAGACAGGCGCCAUCCCUGGCCAGCACCUGCAUCAGUACAGGAGAUGGCUCUCCUUGGCAUUUUCCUGUGUUUGCACAUUGAAAGGAAGCUGACAACCUGGCCAGACACUCAGCCACUUCGGACCCUUUUUGUCAAUUAACUUAUUUUUUUUAAUACUUGAAAGUAAGCGACUUCAUUUUUAUACCUUUACUAGAGACACUGAUUGCCUGUCACCUGCGUGUAGGAGUGACUGGGAUGUCUUUGUACGUCCCAUGCAGCCUGAUGCAGAACUGACCUGAUUCUCGUUACAUGCAUCUAUUUAUUAGCCUUCUUAAUAGUGUUACUGACCUGGUUGGCACUAGGGAGCAGCUCAAAGCCCUGUGGGUCCUUGCUCACAGCUUUUCUGUCCCCUCCUCCACCCAGCACCCUGUCCCUACCUGGCACUGGACUCCUACGGGAGAGCCGCCCCUCUAUGAAGUUGCAUUUCAGCACUAGGAAGCCAGGCCUGGAGACAGACAGGCUACUGUGGGCUGUGCUAUUGGGAUCGCAGCUCUGUGGAACCCACUUGGUCCAGUUUUGCUGCCAAGGUUUUACCUCCUGUACAUAUGUUAAAGAUUGAGGGUAGCCCCUUUUCACUCUUGCUGGGAUGAAGUAGAGUGUGACCUUGUCUUCAGGCUGGCUGAUGACAAUGCCCGGUCCAGCAAGACAGGAGUGUGUGUGCUGGUUUCCCUUAACACACUGGCCACUCCGAUCUUCCCUGCCUGUGCUAGGAUUUUCUUGGCCGGCAAGAGCCAACAAGCACCAUGCAACCAGCUCCAUAAGCCGAAUUGUUCAUUUCUCGUGGUUCACCCAGAGACUGGUGGUGGGGGCCAGGGUGCUUCUCUUUCAAAACAGCAGCACAUGGACCAGUGCAUUGGUGCCACACCAAUCUGGAGAAGGGCAUGCCAGUUGGGCCUGGUGGGAGGGGCUGGUGCAGAAAACAUGCCAUCCCUAGCAGCCCUUCAAGGCUCCUGAGGGUGACACAGCCAAGGGUCCACACUCACCCUGGACUUCCCUUGGGAACCAUACUGUGCCUCAACUCGAACAUCCAUCUAACUCCGGAGGAGCAAACAGCUGUCUCACUCUUCUUCACUUUCUGCAAAAGCUGCCAUCUCUCCCGUGGAAGUGCAGGUGUCCUGCUAGCAACCACCACAGCUCUGAUGUCAUCGCUUCCUGGUCUGACCUGGCAGCACUGCUGUUUUUAUUCUCUGUCUGAAACCGGGAGAGGAGGAUGUUCUGGAUUCCAUUUUUCAACCACAAUCUGCCAAUCAAACUGGACUUUAGACAGGACCUUUAUCGCCUGUGUGGCCUUCUCCUUAACCCUGUCCACCUCCCCAGUGCCACUGGCAACCCCAGGGAGCUCAGCCCUGUCAUUCCUGCUACCCCAGAAGAAGGAAACCAUUUCCAGAGUGACUCAAGAAGGAGGGAGGGGCACGCUGCGCCUCUAGUGGCCUCACAGAGCACCAGUUGUUCCCUCCCACCACUGUCUGGUCAACCACGACCCUGUUGAUCUUUCCAAAGCACACACUGCAUCCUGCAGUCACUAGAAAGGGGACAGAAUCCACCAGCCUGGGCCAUGUCCCCCAGCUCUCCAUCCAUGACAGUUCAAGGACUUCGGGGUUCUUAUAGAGCACUUUUUUUUUUUUGGCUCCCAGUUUGUAACCACUAGUUUGCAGUUGAUUUCAGUGGUCGGGGGACUCGCAACGUGAAGUGUUCUCCACCUCUGGAAAUGCAUGCAGCUCUCUAGCCAGAUGUUCUUCCCAGGGAUUAUGUCUUCACUUGAAGGCAGGGAAGAAAAAGGUGUGUACACACUUCAUACAUGCAUAAGAUGCUAGAGUGCAUUUGAGUAAGCCCAAACUCGAGGCUAAGGACCGUACAUGAGGCACCAGCCUCUACCCGUGAAAGGCAGACAAAAGGCAGCCCCCUGCUCCCCAGUAAGAGCCGGGCCAGAACCCCGGGUUCUAACCCUGCUCAGCUGAUAUCUUUGGGCCUUUCCCCCUAGCAGCCAUCCUAAAGAUAAUUUUGACCAGCAACUAUAGACUUUAAAAGAUAAGACCUUUUUCACCGGGACAGGAGAGGAAACGAGUUGGGGGCAGGCAACACGUAUCAGGGCAUGGGAAUAUAGCUCAGUGGUAGAAUGUGUGCUUAGCAUGCAUAAGGCCCACGGUUCAAUCCCCAGUACCACAUUUAAAAAAAAAAAAAAACCUUUUUGUGAAAGAUGGUAACAUGACCCACAAGAGGGAAUGGUCUGUUUUAUGCGCAAUAAAGUUUUUUAAAAAAAUAAAUAAA